ACUUUACCAAACACGACUCGGGUACUAGCAAGCACAGUUUUCAAAUUGGACUACCCGCUAAUAAAGAGAGAGAAGAAGCUACACAGUAAGCUCUCACCUCCAGUAACAGUCAUAGCUCGAGAGGCGCUUCGUAAUGGAGGCGGCGGUGAUAGACGCUGGAAGUCAGCUCCUUAAAGCCGGCAGUGCAGUUCCAGAUCAAGCUCCCCCCAUGAUAAUUCCGAGCCAAAUGAUACGAGUGGUGGAAGAUGGAACAUCAGGUGAUAAUAACGAAUCAGUAUUUGAGGAUGUAACUGUCGAUCCAGUGGUUCGAGGUCACAUAAGGAAUUGGGAUGCAAUGGAAGAUUUAUUGCAGUAUGUUUUAUACGGUGGACUUGACUGGGAAGAGGGAAAUGAAGGCCAAAUCUUGUUUACUGAACCGCUUUGCACUCCCAAGGCUGUGAGAGAACAACUGGUGCAAUUGAUGUUUGAGACGUUUAAUGUUUCGGGAUUUUAUGCAUCGGAGCAGGCGGUGUUGUCUCUUUAUGCAGUUGGGCGUAUCUCUGGGUGCACUGUUGAUAUUGGUCAUGGAAAGAUUGAUAUUGCACCAGUACUUGAAGGUGCUGUUCAGCACAUUGCUUCGAGAAGAUAUGAAAUUGGUGGUGUUGAUUUGACAAAGUUACUUGCCCAAGAACUGGGUAAAUCUAAUCCUCUGGUGAAUCUUAAUGCCUCUGAUGUCGAGAUGUUAAAAGUAAAGUACUCAUGUUGUGCUGAAGAUGAGCUUGCUUAUGAGAAGACCCAAAGGUCAAGUGAUGAGGAGGAGCAUACCCUUCCUGAUGGACAGGUGAUUAGAAUUGGAAGAGAAAAAUAUACUGUCGGUGAGGCUUUAUUUCAACCAUCUAUACUGGGAAUAGAGGCUCAUGGAAUAGUUGAGCAGCUUGCACGUAGUAUUUCAAUUGUUUCUUCAGAGAACCACCGCCAGCUGCUGGAAAAUACUGUACUUUGUGGUGGCAUAACUUCUAUGCCUGGUUUUGAAGAUAGGUUUCAGAAAGAAGCAAGCCUGUGCUCAUCAGCUAUUAGUCCUUCACUUGUAAAGCCUCCAGAAUAUAUGCCCGAUAAGUUGACGGAGUACUCUGCAUGGGUGGGUGGUGCCAUACUUGCCAAAGUUGUGUUCCCUCAGAAUCAGCAUGUUACCAAGGGAGAUUACGAUGAAACUGGACCGUCCAUUGUCCAUCGGAAAUGUUUUUGACACUUAAUAUUAAAGUCCGGCAGUUGUUAUUUGACAGCAGCAAGCAGGAUAACCCUUUUACGCGGGAUUGGAUUUAAAACAGAGUAAACUUCUUGACAUUUCCAUAAAAUGACCAACAAGAGCUAUAUUAUUUCAGAUAUAGCAUCAAGAGGGGCAAACUUUAGGAAUUGAAUUGGAAGAGUGAAAGAUCUGUCCUCUCACGUGUGUAACAUGCACGCAUGCAUCUCACCGUUGUUGUGUAUUUGUAGCAAGCUCUGCUCCCAGGUCAUCUUCAACGUCCAAGGUAGGUGCCCAAAUAUUAGGAUUCUAAUUUUUUUCUCUCUUUUCGUAGCCUUUUAAAAUGGCAUAGUCCAGGUGUGUUACUACAGUAGAAGGUUUAUCAACACUUUCACCGACAGUUCAUUUGAGCUGGACAUUGGCAUGCCGGCGACUAUAGAGGAAAAAAAAGUCAAGGAACUGCUCUAUUGAUGAGAAGAAUCAUAACAAAUUCAAAUGAUUGAGAGUUUGAUUAGGUUGUCAUUCUU